AUGAAAUUUGCCUCAAUUUUCUCUCUCAUUUCCAUAGUAAUUUUCCAUGUAGUAAUAUCAAUUAACGAAACUGAAAUUCAAAUAUCAAAUCUAUCGUGUAAUUUCGAUGAUGGUACUUUAUGCAAAUGGCGAUCUGAUUCUGAUCUAUGGCUUAUUGGUGUUGAUAUACCAAUUAAUUCAUUUCAAUUUAUUCCACAUUCCUCAAAUACAAAUGGUCUUUAUGCAUAUGCAAAAGGUGGUAGAGCAGUACUAGCUGAAGGACAUUUGAUUAGUACUGAAGUGGAAGAGUAUGAUGAACGUCAGGCAACCUUAUCAUUUACUUAUUGGAAAAGUAAUAAUAUAUCCAAACUUGACGUAUGUAUUGCACAACAAAAUGCUUUUAUCUGUACCUAUACGGCUCCUGAUCUAAUCCAUAAAGAAUUGCGAUGGAUAAAAGAAAAAAUUAUUCUUUCCAAUAAUUUGUCGACGCCAUUUAAGAUUAUAUUUCGAGCGCGAAAUAUUUUUACAUCGGCAGAUAUUGUAGCUAUAGAUGAAAUCGAAUACAAUAAUAAUUCUCCAAAAGUACUUGCAUCUUUGAUUUCGAGAAAUGUUGUAUUAGAAAAGAUUUCAUCCAAUAAACAAGCAAUUUCUAAUUCAUGCCUUCCUAUUCAAUGCACAUUCAUUAAUUCAUCCUGUGCAUGGACAUUGGGAUAUCCAUGGCAUCGAUUAACAGGUAAUAUAGCCAUAGAUGGUGAAGGUGAAGGCCUAGUGAAAAGUGAUUUCUUCAUGGUUCCUCCUGAAGCAUUCGUCGAAAUGGAUGUUUGGAUGAGUGAAAAUGCUUUAUUGACUAUUUUGGAAAAUAUGGAAAAUGAUUUGAUGAUUUGGAAUCGAAAAGGAUUGUACAAUGAUGAUGGAUGGUAUCGUUUACGAAUUCCAAUGAAAACAAGCAAACAACCAGUUCAAUUGUUAAUAAAAGGAACAGUACCAACUAAUAAUUUCAUAACUAUUUCUAAUAUUAAACUUGUAAACAAUGAUGGGAAUGAAAUUAGUUGUGAUGUAAGCACUUUAAAUUUCAUCAAAUCACAAUUUAAUAAUACAGAAAGGCUAACUGCAUUUCAACAACUGCACACAAAUCAGAUAAAACCUACAACAAUAAUUCGGAAAGACAGAGAAAAUGAAUCCAUUCGUUCACUCAUCAAUAACAUCAUUCCGGCACAGAAUUUCAUUCGCAGAACAUCUUUUACUGCACCAAUGAUAAAUUCAAAUUAUACUUUAGCAUCUAAUUCGAAAUUCAAAGAAAUCCGGAAAUUACAAUUGACAAACAAUAAAAAUGGAGAAUUUUUAAAGGAUCAAUUAGGGCUUUCAUCUAAAAUCAUAAAUGAUCCUAUCAAGCAACAAGGUCAACAACAACAACAUAAGUUGAACCUUACCUCUCCACUAUUACCAUUUCGAGAGCAUGAUGGUCUUACUCCGGAAUUUGCUACCUUUACUCAACCAUUACCAGAAAAGUUUUAUGCAGAAAGUGAUUUCUCACUAGGACCAAUUAUAAAUCAAUAUAGGAGAACUAAUGCUUCGGCAAAACAUAGCAUUAUGAAAGAAUUAAACACAUUGCUAUCACAAACUGAUGGACAAUCCGUUCCGGGAAUGCAACUCCGGCAACUUGCACAACGUUUCGGACUUACAGGAAUGAAUGCUGAACAGAGUUUGGAAUUGGUGAAGAAUUUUAUGAACUUAAAAGGAUUACAGUCUAAAAUAGCAGAUGGUGAUGAUCAAGAACAAAAUAAAAAACCUGAACCAAUAAGGCCUAUUAAUGCACCACCUCAUUUUAUAUCAGGUACACAAUUUCUCCCUCACAAUGGUCAGUUGAAUUCUCUCCUCUCUUUGCUACCAUAUGAAUUGCGGAAAAAUUUUUUGGGUGAAUCGAAAAAUUUAUUUGGUUGA